UCCCGGAUCAUUGCCGUACAUGGUAAAAGCGAUUUCGCAAUCGUCUCGUCUCCAUGUUCCAAACAAAAACACACUCUGAGCUGACACAGACGGGACCAAACUACUACUUUCUGCCCUAACUUCCCACAGUUUGUCGGAUGGUUGAGCCCCCCCACCGGCCCGUGAAGGUUGGUAGCAUCUCCAUCUCGUAGUGAGGGGAACAGAUUACAUCAUCAGGCAGAAGCCCAAUGAGCCGGCAGCUUAAACUCUCCCCACCAGAUCAAACCGGCGUCAGCGUCAUCCAGAGCCAAGCCCACGCCACCCCCCCCUCCUCUCUGCCCACCGGGCCCCAGCAGGUCCCCCAGCUCGUCUCCGAAGACCCCCCCGGCGGCAAGGCCGUCUCCCCCGGCAAGAUGAAGAAGCCGCACGCAGACAAAGACAGCGACGAGUACCGCCAGCGCCGCGAGCGCAACAACCUGGCGGUGAAGAAGAGCCGCAUGCGGUCGAAGCAGAAAGCGAUGGACACGCAGCAGAGAGUCAACGAGCUGAAGGAGGAGAACGAGAGGCUGGAGGCUAAAAUCAAGCUGCUCAGCAAAGAACUGAGCGUGCUCAAAGACCUGUUCCUGGAGCACGCUCACAACCUGGCCGACAACGUGCAGCCGCCCGCCGACGGAGCCAGCCCCGCCCCCAACAACGGCUCGGCCAAUGGGCAGUGAGCGGGGGCGGGGCCUGGGGAGCGUUCACUGCUGCAGGAAACUGGUUCUUCUUCACUGCUUCAAAUCUGUCACUUUUAACCCUCCUGACCUCUGACCCCCCACAUCAGCCCCCCCUCCACCAUCACCCCCCCCCCCCCCUCAUCAGACAGCCCCCCCCCUCCCUCAUGUUUAAAUCAUUUAUCGUUUAUUUUGAUUUAAGUUGAUUUAAAGCGAAGCAGCUGAUGAAACUGAACUCUGAUCAUGAGACGAGCCAACAGCACGGACGGCUCACGUUAUUGACUGAUUGAUUGAUUGAUUGAUUGAUUUGAGACGUGAUCGGCUGCGAUGAUGAGACUCUAAGCUGCAGCGUCACUUCCUGUUUCAGUCAGCUGACGUGGACGCUGUCAAACUAAAACAAUCGCCGUGUAAAUCUUUAAAUUUCCUGUUCAGGAUGUUUACUUCCUGUCGUUGUACAUUCACUACAUUUAAUGUUUGUUUCUACUUCUGGGAGCCAAUCAGAGACGAGGAACCUGGUCAGCUGACUGAUAAACAUUUUGAUCAGCUGUUUGUUCUUCCGGGAGAGCUGCAACGUUCCCUCAACGUUUCCUUAACGUUCCCUCUUACAUCCCAAACAGAGUAAAAUCAGCUCCAGGCUUUGAGGGGAUUUAAACUCAUUGUUAACGUCUCAGAGUUUAAAUUAAAAGUUUAUUUAAAGUCGAUUAUGCAGUAAAACACAAAUGUUCAGUUUGUCAGUAAAAAGUUUGAAUGUUCAGAAAGUCGAAGCAAAGUUGAAGAAUUAUUGAUGAAUAUGUUUCUAAUCAGACUGAACCUUUAAUGUGAAAGUUUCUGAAGUGAUUUGAACUAAAAGAAAAGAAAUGAAGUUUUAUAUCUUAUAAAAUAAAAUGAGACAAAAAGAUCAAAAGAUUCAUCAGAAGCUCAAAGUAUUGAUUUAUGAGUUUGAGACGUUUAUGACGUCAUAGAUGUUAAUUUACAGAGUUUAGAAAACGAGUCCCGACUGGUUUAUUUUAUAUUUAUGUGUUUUUAUAUUCAGUCACAAACUGAGACGUUUUUAGUCUUGAUUAUUAUUUAUUGUUUUAAUUUAAAGAUUCUUGUGGAAAUAAAAUCUAAAUCUGAUGUUUAAUAUUAAAUUUAAUCAUCGUUAAAAUGUUUUAAAUUGAUCCGAAAUGUGUCGGACGACGUUAUGAUCAGCUGAUGUUUGAGGUUCUCCUGUCUGAACGCUGUGGGAACGUUGAGGGAACGUUGUGGGAACGUUGAGGGAACGUUGAGGGAACGUUGAGGGAACGUUGUGGGAACGUUGAGGGAACGUUGAGGGAACGUUGCGGCUGCAGCCUUCGUGUUUUUCACUUUUCUAUGGUUGGUUUUUUACUUGUAUCAAACAGCAGCAUGUUUGCAUGAGUUCACUGCGAGUCUGAAGACGUGUGAUUGUCGUGAUGUUUGUUGCUUCGUCUGAAUGUUGCUGGGCAGCAUUUCUGUCACUCAGCUUUUUUAUAUCAGAGGAAUCUGAGCUAACGUGCAUUUAAAUUAAAAUUCAGUUAUAAAAGUUCUUCUCCUUGUUUCUCUUCACUUAUCAGAUAUAUUUAUUUAACCCUUUAAAGCCGGUUUCAUCUUUAUUAACUCACAGAAACUUUAUUAUUAUUAUAAAACUGGAGAUGAAACAGUUUAACAUUAAAGUGAAUGACGUGAGAUUAAAGCAGGAAACAGGCUGUAAAGGGUUAAUAUAUAAACUCUUUUCUUCACUUUCUGUUUUAUUCUGAAAGUUUUUCUAACAGCUCUGAUUUUUAUUUUGUUGUUGAAACCAAAACAAAGAGCUAAAACAGACGUUUGAGUUCAGAUCUAAAUAUUAAAUAUUAUUGAUCAUAAAGAGUUCAAAUCAGUGAGUUUGUGAAGCAGGUUUAAUAUUUAACGGUCUGAUUUAUAAUCAGCUGAUCAGAUGUUAAAUCUUAAAGUUAAAAUCUUCAUGAAUCAGAAAUCAGCAGCAGAUCAAUCAGACUGACUUUAAAUUAAAGUUUAUAUGUUUGAAUAUUUACAGAUUAAAACUGAACAUGAAAAGUUUUCUGUUUAUUUUUAUUAAUUUUCUAAAUAAAAGAGA